GUCGACUUGCUGGAAGAUCAAGAGGCCAGGGUAUAUUGGUUAUCCUGUCUGGAAAAAACUGCUGAUAAGACGGCCGAAAAGGCAGCGAUGUGUCACCCGGAUAGCCGCGAUGCCGCCGAGCGUGCAAUGGGUUUCCGACACAGUUAUAAGCAGCAUCUGAUGUUGUUGAAACAGCAUCCAUUACCUUCUAUCGAUGAUUUGCUCAGACCACAGGAUAAAUGCGAAGAAAACCAAACUGCGCUGCUUGCCUUUCCCGACUACGUGAAACAGUUGGAUGCGAUGGAUUGGGAAAGUCGACAGCUGGAAAUCGUAACCGGCCUUCUUGCAGGCAAUGUUUUCGAUUGGGGUGCUAAUGAG